CACACGCCCUCUUUCGGCUACACGGCCCGCACACAGCGGGCAAGGCACCACUCACUCCAUCCACGCGCAAGUGUGCAAUCAGGACUCACUCAGUCCUCCGACGAGUGUGGACGCGGAGCCGUGGAGUGAGGAAGCAGCAGCAGCACUGGGGCGACGACAGCCCGCUAUAAAAAGACAAGAAGGACGACCGAGGAGGUUCUUUUUUUUCUUUUCUUAUUAUGAUUAUUUUUUAAGGAUUCAAGCCGUCCAAGUUGUGAGACAAGCGCCGAAGAGUUGAGUUUUGCCAAAGCCGCGGUCGCCAAGGCGCCGUCGACAUGGAUAAAGUUGUCGGUUGGUGGUUCGCCGCCAUCACGCUUCUUCUGCUCUCUGCCCACGGAGAAGUUUUUAAAGGUGAUUGCAACUUUGCGAAGCCGUUGGCAGCUUGCGGCUACAGCCAAGGCAGAGACGACGACCUGGACUGGGAGCAGGUGAACACCAGAGAGAAGCCUUCGUUUGAUCCAUGGAUGCCCUCAGGUGCAGCCUUCAUGAUGGUCAACACCUCUGGACGCUUUUCCGGGCAGAAGGCCUUACUGGUGACCCCCCAGCUACGGGAGAAUGACACCCACUGCGUCAUCUUCCACUACUACAUUGGCGGCCGGGACAACAGCCACCCGGGCCACUUGAACGUCUACAUCAAAGAGAACAACAGCCCCAUGGGAAUGCCUGUGUGGAAUGUGUCCGCCCCAGCGUCUCGCGCCUGGGGUCAGGUGGAGCUAGCCGUCAGCACCUACUGGCCGAACUUCUACCAGAUCGUGUUUGAAGCUGUAACCUCCGGGCAGCGCGGCAUGCUGGCCAUUAAAGAUGUCCUGGUCCAAGGCCACCAGUGCAUGAACACGCCACACUUUCUCACGAUAAAGGGAGUGGAGGUCAACGCUGGGCAGACUGCGUCUUUUCACUGCACUGUCAAUGGACGCAAGCGGGACAGUUUCCGCCUAUGGCUUCAGGGAAUGGGUGGACGGGAGGCCCCAAUGAAGGCUACUAAACCUUGGAAUAACCGCCGCUUCAUUGGCACCUUCGACGUGGAGAACACCACCAAGGGCGACUCGGGCCGCUACCGAUGCAUCGUCCACUCAGACAAAGGGGUCGGCGUGUCUAACUACGGGGAGCUCACCAUCAAGCAGCCUCCAGUGCCCAUCGCGCCGCCCCAGCUGACCGCUGUGGGUGCCACUUACCUGUGGAUCCAGCUCAAUGCCAACUCUAUCAACGGUGACGGACCCAUCGUGGACCGGGAGGUGGAGUACCGUACGGUGUCAGGCACCAUGUACGACCUGCAGCCCGUUGACAAGACCAUGCACAAGAUUGGACAUCUGGACCCCGACACCGAGUAUGAGAUCAGCGUGCUGCUCACCAGGCCUCUGGAGGGUGGCACCGGUGCGCCUGGCCCACCGCUGAGGGCCCGAACUAGAUGUGCCGAGCCCAUGCACGGGCCACGGCGUCUGGAGGUGCUGGAUGUACAGUCCAAGCAGGUGACGGUGCGCUGGGAGCCGCUGGGCUACAACGUGACGCGCUGCCACAGCUACAACCUGACGGCGCAGUACCGCUCGCGGGUGGGCGGAAAGGACCAGACCCGCGAGGAGGUGUGCUACGAGGCGCAGGGCCGCGACCCGCAGCACACCAUCCACAACCUGACGCCCUACACCAACCUCAGUGUCAAGCUGGUGCUGCGCAACCCUGAGGGCGUCAAGGAAAGUGCCGAGUUGGAGGUGCAGACGGAUGAAGACGUGCCCGGCGCUGUCCCGCUGGUGUCCAUCCAGGGCAGCGCCUACGAGGAGAAGAUUGUGGUCACGUGGCGAGAGCCGGCGCAGACCUACGGCAUCAUCACGCAAUAUGAGAUCUCCUACAAGGCGGUGAGCUCCUUCGACCCCGAGCUGGACCUCUCCAACCAGAGCGGCAAAGUGGCCAAGGCAGGCAACGAGACCGCCCACGCGUUUGCGGGCCUCCACCCGGGAUCCACGUACUCCUUCACCCUGCGCGCCAGCACGGCCAAAGGCUACGGCCCCCCCGUGAUCACCCAGUUCACCACCAAGAUCUCAGCUCCGUCCAUGCCGGCGUACGACCAGGACACGUCACUGAACCAGACGGACAGCACGGUGACGGUCCUGCUGAAGCCCGCCCAGAGCAGGGGCGCUCCAGUAAGCGCCUACCAGGUGGUGGUGGAGGAGGAGCGUCCGAGACGGGCGCGGGGCACGGCCGAGAUCCUGCGCUGCUACCCGGUGCCCAUCCAAUUCCAGAACGCUACCCAGCUCAACUCGCAGUACUACUUCGCCGCCCAGUUCUCCGCCGGUGGUAUCCACGUGCCGCAACCUUUCACCGUGGGCGACAACAAGACCUACAGUGGAUACUGGAAUGCACCGCUGCUGCCCCAGAAGAGCUACAGCGUCUACUACCAAGCUGUCAGCACCGCAAACGGGGAAACCAAGAUCGACUGUGUCCGAGUCGCCACCAAAGCCGCCAUCCUUGUGACUCAGCUCACAACACCGUACAUCCGCAUUGCCCCGGCGGCAGGUGACCACCAGCUGACAGGUGCUGCCACCCACAAACCCGACGCCGUGGAGCCAGAGAAGCAGACGGACCAUACGGUGAAGAUCGCCGGGGUCAUCGCCGGCAUCCUGCUCUUCGUCAUCAUCUUUCUCGGCGUGGUGCUCCUCAUGAAAAAAAGAAGAACCUAUCACUCCUACACUUACUACCUGAAACUGGCCAAGAAGCGCAAAGAGACGCUGAACAGCACCCGUCAGGAGAUGACCGUGAUGGUGAACUCAAUGGACAAGAGCUACACGGAGCAGGGCACCAACUGCGACGAGGCGCUCUCCUUCAUGGAUCCGCACAGCCACACCCUCAACGCGCGCAGCGAGUGUGCGCUCACUACCGUCAACACGCAUAGCGAGUGCGCGCUCACCCUUAACACGCGUAGCGAGUGCGCACUCACCCUCAACGGCCGAGCCGGAUCGUCGCCCUCCUCCUUCACUCUGCCCAAAGCCAACACCCUCAGCACCUCCAUCCCGACAAGCGCCUUUUACCCAGACGCGUUUGUGCCGACCGCCAUCUUAGUGCCCAUUAAUGCAGACGAGAGUCAGAACAUGGGCAGCGACACCAGCAGCCUGGUGCAGUCGCACUCGCUGAGGAAACGCGAGGCAGUAGACGUGCCGUACCAGAGCGGCCAGCUGCACCCGGCCAUCCGCGUGGCCGACCUGCUGCAGCACAUCACGCAGAUGAAGUGCGCCGAGGGCUACGGCUUCAAGGAGGAGUACGAGCGUUUCUUCGAGGGACAGUCGGCGCCGUGGGACUCGGCCAAGAAGGACGAGAACCGCAUGAAGAACCGAUACGGGAACAUUAUUGCAUAUGAUCACUCGCGUGUCAGGCUGCAGGCCCUGGAGGGCGAACAGAGCUCCGAUUACAUUAAUGCAAAUUACGUUGAUGGUUACCACAGGCCAAAUCACUACAUCGCCACUCAAGGCCCCAUGCAGGAGACGGUGUUGGACUUUUGGCGGAUGGUGUGGCAGGAGAACACGGCGGCCAUCGUCAUGGUGACCAACUUAGUCGAAGUAGGCCGGGUUAAGUGUUGUAAAUACUGGCCAGACGACACGGAGAUCUACAGAGACAUCAAGGUGACGCUCAUCGAAACCGAACUCCUCUCCGAGUACGUCAUCCGGACCUUCGCCGUGGAGAAACGAUGCGCUCACGAGAUCAGAGAGAUCCGUCAGUUCCAUUUCACGGGCUGGCCGGAUCACGGCGUGCCCUACCACUCCACGGGGCUGCUGGGCUUCAUCCGCCGUGUCAAGUCCAAGACCUUAAGCAACGCCGGGCCCAUGGUGGUGCACUGCAGCGCCGGCGCCGGCCGGACGGGCUGCUUCAUCGUCAUUGACAUCAUGCUGGACAUGGCGGAGCGCGAAGGCGUGGUGGACAUCUACAACUGUGUCCGGGAGCUUCGAUCGCGCCGCGUUAACAUGGUCCAGACUGAGGAGCAGUACGUCUUCAUCCACGACGCCAUCUUGGAGGCGUGCCUGUGCGGCGACACCACCAUCCCUGCCGGACAGUUCCGCUCCGUCUACUACGACAUGAACCGCCUCGACCCGCAGACUAACUCCAGCCCCAUCAAGGAGGAGUUCAGGACGCUGAACAUGGUGACACCCACGCUGAGGGUGGAGGACUGCAGCAUCGCGCUGCUUCCCAGGAACCAUGAGAAGAACCGCUGCAUGGACGUGCUGCCGCCCGACCGCUGCCUGCCCUUCCUCAUCACCAUCGACGGCGAGAGCUCCAACUACAUCAACGCCGCCCUCAUGGACAGUUACAAGCAGCCGUCGGCGUUCAUCGUGACGCAGCAUCCCCUGCCCAACACAGUCAAGGACUUCUGGAGGCUGGUGCUGGACUACCACUGCACCUCCAUCGUUAUGCUCAACGACGUCGACCCUGCCCAGUUGUGCCCACAGUAUUGGCCUGAAAACGGCGUCCACCGUCACGGUCCCAUCCAGGUGGAGUUUGUGUCCGCCGACCUGGAAGAGGACAUCAUCAGCAGAAUAUUCCGCAUCUACAACGCAGCACGGCCCCAGGACGGCUACCGCAUGGUGCAGCAGUUCCAGUUCCUGGGCUGGCCAAUGUACCGAGACACGCCCAUGUCAAAGCGCUCCUUCCUCAAGCUCAUCCGCCAGGUGGAAAAGUGGCAGGACGAGUACGACGGCGGCGAGGGACGCACCGUGGUCCACUGUUUGAACGGUGGCGGGCGCAGCGGGACCUUCUGCGCCAUCAGCAUCGUGUGCGAGAUGCUGCAGCACCAGCGCGCCGUCGACGUCUUUCACGCUGUCAAGACGCUGAGGAACAACAAGCCUAACAUGGUGGACCUGCUGGAGCAGUACAAGUUCUGCUACGAAGUGGCUCUGGAAUACUUGAAUUCCGGCUAACUCCUAAAACCGAGCGAGAGACUCCAAAGACUUUGACGACGUGUCCGACGUGCCAAGUGUGUUGUUCGGUAGCGUGCCAACACACACACACACACACACACGCACACACAGUUCUGCUCCUCAAUACCCUCAACGACCUGCGCUUGUUGCCUUGAUCCCGACCGGACAACGAGCGCCGCACAUUUAUGGAAUGGGAACGUGUUGUUCCGCGUGUACAUAAUGAAAUGGCUUCCUUUUCUUCUUCUUGUUUUUUUCUUUUUUAAGAUCCGCUGGUGAUGAAUUCAUUACAACGUCAAAAAAAAUGUCUCAAAAAAAAAAAAAAAAAAAAAAAAAGUGGCUGGAUGUUGCUGUGAUCGCGACCCGUGUACGUCUGCUUCUUUUCUUUGAGUGGGGGACCCAAAGUUACUCUCUUCGUGUGCAUAUUGUACAAAUUAAUGUAGAUUAUUUAUUAUUUCUCGACUUUUUUUGUGACUGGCAGUGAGUGACAAUCAUAUGUUUACAUAGUUUUUGGUUUAUGGACCGUAUCGUGUGUGUUUUCCUUUGGUCCUUCUGUAGGACGGCUUGUAAAGAGAAAAGCAAUUCUAUA